AUGCGACGUGGUACCAAGGCCAGCGGUAGCUCUCGCCAUCCUCAAACCUCAGACCAAGAUCUGGAGUCACAAUCCUCGGCGCAAGACAGCAGGCCGCCACAGCCUUCGGCGCAGGAUAUUGAGGAGGAGCCUUGGCGGUAUGUAGGAUAUAGAGGCUAUUCGAAAUUCAUUGCCUCCGACGAUGACUUUUUCAUCCUCCGGCGCUUUGCGUCGCUGAACAUCCGGGUUGCGCUGUCACUUCAAGACGAAAUCGUUGAGCUUGAGAGAGAACUCGAAAAAUUGGACGAUAAGUACACGCGGCAAGGAGGGAUUGAUAACGGGAGCUUCCGGGAGGAUCGCGAGAGGGAAGGUCAGUGGUAUCGCGAGGGGGAGGAUCACAGGGGUCGCGAUGAACUUCUGAGUCUCAUUCAUGAGAAGUUGAGACGGUAUAACAAAUUCCUUCUCCAGCAAUCUGCUCUGAGAAACUAUGAUCGGGCGCCGGAAAAGGACGUGAAAAGCCUGUUUCGGUGGCACCGAAACCACGACUUCAAGGCAAUAUGCACGGAAGAACAGGAAUAUCUAAACAGCACGGACAAGACGCCGGAUGGAAAGAUAAAAGUCGAUACCACCGACCUCAUCUGCGUCGUCCCUAAAGACAAGCCACCACUACGUCGCAUCAUCGACAGUUCGCUCUUCCUGCGGACAUUGAAGCUCUGGGAAGACAAGAAGAGAAACGUCCCCGAGGACCCCGGCUUGGCCGACGUUUCCUACUACUCCGAGAAGCGGAUGGACAGAUUUGUGACGGCUGCUAUUGUGAUUCUGGGCAUGGCGAUGCUCGUGGCUCCUCUCUGGGUUCUGCAGGCGCUUGGCGACCUCAAGAAGAAACUGGUUGUGAUAACGGUUUUCGUCUCAGUGUUUCUUCUGGUUGUGUCCUUUGCCAUGGUGGCGAAGCCGUUUGAAGCUUUGGCGGCAACGGCAGCGUAA